AUGGACUCCCCCCUGCCAGUGCCCCCGUCGCGGGUGCACACCGAGAAAGAGCUUCGGAGGCAGAUGCCGCCCCUGCAGACGACGUCAAUCCAACACGCAAGCUCAGCACAGUCGCGUCCCCAGCCAGCAGUCUUCAAGUCUCCCAUCGCUGACAUGCUGCCGGAACAAGCCGCGGCCCGGUCGCCUGCUUCGCCUCCGACCCAUCAGCGCUUCGUCCUGACUGACUUGGUGGCUGCUCGCUACCUUGAAGAGGACGCUGCCACGACAUGUCACGUCCUUGCGCGCCGCCAGAGGAUCGAGGGCUACGAGAUCUACCUGGUCGAGCAAUGGGCCUGCUCCCGCACCCACCCCACUUACCUCAUCACCACCUACACGGGAAAUCCCAACGACUCUGUCUUGGCCACCAUCAUAAGCGUACCCAGUAACGAGGAUGAGUGGUCCCCCCAGAUGCGCUUGUACUUCAAGUCUCUCACCGACUGCUAUGCCAGCAGAAAGGAAACACCCUAUGGCACCCUCAUGAUCACCAAUCUCAGCGGAUUCCCCUCCUCCCUGACUGUUAUCCCUAUCCCUGGGGGCGACGUGAAAAAACACCGCGAAGCCUUUGUUGUUAAUGAAAACCUCAAGAGAUUAGGAUGUUCUGGUCGCCUGGGUAUCAAGCUCACGCCUCCUAGUGGUGCUACUCAAGCAAAGUUUCAGCAGCUGUAUCGCACAAGUGAUCGCAUUCCAUUUAAUGCUUCCGUCAUUGAGUUGGUCAAGCUCUGUCAAAUAGCACUUGUUUUGUUUGGAAAGCUCGAGCCAGAGUAUGCCGACGGGCUACUCUGCGACUUGACGGAAAAAGCAAUCAAUGACUGGUGGAUAGACUUUGGAUCAGAGUACUACACUGUAGAGCCUCAUGAUGGCAUCCUUGGUCCAACAACCGUCGCUGCUCUGCUAGGCAUGUUGAUGGGCGCUCGUAACAGACUAAGUGCCUGCAAUGCUGCAGUAGCAAAAGAUGUUUUUGAUAUUGACGCUACCAAGCGCGGCAUUGCGCAUUUUCAAAAGUCUCAUCACUUACCUAGAACCCGCCGUCUUGAUCGGCAGACUCUUGAGCAGCUUCGAAGGUCGUCUGCAAAAGCAGCGCGUAAAGAAGGCUGGGCUGUUCCGCGAGCAUUCAAGUCGACUGUUGCCGAGCUAGGAGGCAAGGGCGGCGAGAUGGUCAUGGGAAUUGUUGGUGCUGGUCAAAAAGAUGGCAUCGCUGAAGUUGAGACCGUGGAUAUUGACCAAUUCGUUGAGCUAGUCCGAGGUGAGCAUGCAAAGUGGCUGUGGCAUGGAAAGCCUAAGAAAACAACAUCCGGCGACAGCAUGUUUGAUCGACUUCCAGGUGGAGAAUCACAGUCAAGCUCGCCAGAGAAGCACGAUCAACACGCGCCCAAACCCGUCCGUCAAGAAUCAACAACAGAUCCUCACAACAUAACAAAGCGUGACACGGGCUCCUCGGAAAUAAAAAAGGCAGAAGCAUUUACCCCAGAGGGGCUAGAGAAGGAGUACUUCAAAGACCCUUCUUCGAAGCGAGCUGCCAUCAAGGCCAAGCUAGAGUCUGGCGGUUUUCACCACAUCAAAAAUGCUGUUGGCCUCCGCACCCAUGCCACCAAGCUUUCCCGAGAUGAACACGGACGACAUGGGCUACAUCGCACCAAAAGUGGUAGUGUGCCGCUACAGUACACGGAUUCUCGCACAUCCAUCGAGUAUGAGAGCCAUUCAGACGAUCCAUAUUCAAUGAUAUCACCUCAGAGCAUGGCCGGCGAAGAACCUGCCUUUGCCAAAGUCUUAACCGAAACACCAGGUGAAUCUGCCACCUCCCUCCAUAACCACAGAGCAGUCGGCAACCGUCACGCCUCAGCAUUGCGCACUUCAAUAGUCGAAAGUGACACAUCUGAGCAGCCCGAACAGCCCGAACAGCCUCCCACAGUAGCAAGCUCCCUCGCCGGCUCCACCUACCACGGCAUCGAUCUCACCUGCCUCCCCGUCUCCCAAGCAAACACCAUCCCCCCGCUCCUCCGCCGCACCCAAUCUGGCUCCCAAUUCGACCUCGUCCGCCCACCCCGCCACAACGAAUGGUGGCCCCGCCACCUCUCCUUCAGCACAGCCGAAGAAUCCGUCCUCCGCUGGCCCCCCAUCAAUCCCAGCACCAGUGCCCCUGACGAAGAAGAAGAAGAAGCCCUAGCCACAGACGAUCCCUCGUCCGUCACCUCCCUCACCGCCCGCUCUGCCCUCCAAAACAUGCACUCCGCCCAACUCAAACGCCUGCACCAUACCCUCGCUCAAGUUUCGGAAAAAGAUCAAGACUGGGUCAAUUCCCGGCUCGCAGAGAUCAUCGCGCUCUCGCAAUCCGUAGACGCAGAUAUCGGAACGCUGGAAUCAAUUUACUAUCCCAGGCUCGAUACGUAUCAUUCACUCCGCGAGGAUACGCAUGCUAUGGUUACCAAUAACCGUGCUUUACUUACCACCAGCCUGCGCGAACUGGAGAAUGUGAGGGAUAAGCUUGAGUAUGAAAUUAGUGCCCUCAGGGGCAAAGUUGAGGAUGUAGAGGAUGUGGUGGCCGAGUUUGAGAGGCAGGUGGAGUUUGUGGAGGGGAGGCUGCAGGAGUUGGAUGGCGUGUUAGGGGAGAGAGAGGGGUGGUGGGCUUGGGGGUUAAGGGUUUUGACUGGGUUGGGGUCGGCGCCUGGGUAG